CCCAACCCCUUUCCCCCUUUGCCUUCGGGAUGAAGCCUCGGCGCAGCCUCAUGUUGGUUUUCUCACUCAUCAUCGAUCUGACCACGUGCCUCUGAUGACCAGCGUCUCGGUAAGCAGAUCAGAGCGGUCUUGUCUGUCUGUGUCAAUCAAUCAAUCAUGUUUGGUCCAUUCAGGCUCGCCGUGUGGUGGAGGAUGUGCAGGAGCUGGCGCGUGAGAUCCCCGACGGGACAAGGUUUGGCGUGCCCGACGAGAACAGCCUCUCGGAGUUCACUGCCGUCAUACGGGGGUGCGUUGCGUCGAUGACGUGCAUACCAACGACACCCCAAUACACACACACACACGAUGGAUGGCUUGUGUGGACUGUGUUGUUGAUCUGCCAGGUUUGAGGGUUCGGUGUAUGAGACGGGCCAGUUUCACCUGAGCAUCACGCUGCCCAGGCCCGAGAACCGCCGGGACCUGGAGUACCCCGAUGUGCCGCCCAAAGUGGCCUUCACCACACCCGUGUACCACCCCAAUGGUGAGGGAGGGAGGGGGAUGCAUACGACCAUUGCUGUGUGUGCGUGUGUGUGUGUGUGGUGCAGUGUACAAGGACGGCAAGAUCUGCUGGGAGCUGCUGGAGGGGAAGGGGUGGAACUCGAGCAUCGGCUUCAAGGGCCUCCUGUUCCACCUGCAGGUGACGUGCCUGCACAUACACAGACAACACAAUAAACACAUUUCAUGCCCUGGACGGUGUCUGUCUGUUUGUCCACCUUCAUCAGACUUUCCUGGAGAACCCCAACGCCGAGUCGCCCGCCAACCAGGAGGCCGCCCGCCUCUGGCAGACAUACGAAAAAGUGACGGCACCACACACACCACCGCACACAACCAACCAACGAACGCAGCCUUCCCCAUAACAUGUGUGUGUGCAGGUGAAGCGGCUGAGGAUGGAGGACAGGCUGGGCGAAGCCACGCACGAGGAGCGUCGCGAGGCCCGGCAGUUCAAGCGGAAGGUGCUCGAGUGCUGCAGCGACUCCUGGAUCAGCAACCUCUCGCGCGACCCGCGCUUCAACAGGGCCGAGAGGAUCUUCGGGGAGAUGACCGACGACGGCAAUACUGGGGAGAGCGGUUGUGGCGAUGGUGCCCUCACUGGCAGUGGGGCGAGUCUGCCGGGGCCGCCGCCGCUCAAGAUACACAAGUUGUAGAGAAGGAGAGGAG